GCUUCAUAAAUUAACUCUCAUAAAUCGCUUGACAGAUGGAUACAAUGACAUUAACGUCAGUGUAUAAACCAUCCGUUCAUCUGCAUCCUCUUUUCCCUUCAUCUAUGUUCGUUAACACAAAUUGUGGAUGCUGCAAUGUAAAAGAAACCAUCUACGGAGGGUACUAUUGCAAUGAUCCUACCUGUUACGAUUGGUUCUUCCAUAAGAAGUGCGUCGAAGCCCCAUUGGAAAUCAACCACCCUUGUCACCCUGGACAUCUUCUCCUGCUCACGGGGGGAUUUGGACCAUUUGAUGGAUGUGAUUUGUGUGGAAACAGGGCAACGCAUCCAUAUUAUAGUUGUUCCACAUGUGAAUUCAAAGUGGAUUUGAAUUGUGGGAUGAAACCAUCACCAUAUGUUAUUGAACACCCUUUAUGCCAUGACCAUCCACUUGCUUUCUUGAAGAGACGAAUAACGGAAUCACCUUGUGAAGUAUGCAAAGAGGAGAUUUGGGGACCAUCAUAUUUAUGUCAGCAAUGCAAUCUAUACUUCCACGUAGAUUGUGUCCACCUCUCAGAAGAGGUAAAUCAUCACUGUCACUCUAAUCACCCUAUCAAACUCACUGCGUCUAGAAAACUUUUGGAUGAUUCCCAAAAGAUUUGUUUUUCAUGUAAAAAACAACUAGAAAAGGUCCUUUAUCAUUGUUUCAUUUGCAACUUCAGCAUGUGUGUUGUUUGUGCUAAAAAUCCACCACCCCUUGUAAUCGAACAUACAAGGACUCACCUACAUCCACUUACUCUCUUUUCAAAAAUAAUGAAAUUUACUUGUGAUGUUUGUGGGGAGAACGACGUAUGCGGGCCUUACGUAUGUAUUCAGUGUGCUUUUCUUGUCCAUGGAAAAUGUAUCGACUUACCCCGAAUCAUCAACAUCAAUCGCCAUGAUCAUCGCAUUUCUUUCACUCAUCAUCUCGGUGCUGGAUACUCUAAAUGUGGAAUUUGCCGCAAAAGUUUAAGUCAGUACCAUGGAGCUUAUUCUUGCUCUCUUUGUCCAAACUAUGUAGUUCAUUGUAGAUGUGCGGUACAUAGUGACAUAUGGGAUAAUAGAGAAUUGGAAUGUAUUCCAAAUUAUGACACCGACAAAUUUAUUAUUGCACCAUUCAAGGUGGUGGGUGAUGAUCUGAUAGAUCAUUUUAGUCAUGAGAAACAUCCUUUAAAGAUGUACAAGAACAAUAUCAUCUAUGAUAAAUGGCUACAAUGUGAAGCAUGUAUUCAUCCACCUGGAUUUGAGUUAAUUUAUGGUUGUGAGCAAUGUGGAUUUUUUCUUCAUGAAAAGUGUGCUAAUCUUCCUAUGAAGAAAAGACUUGUCUCUUCCCCCACACCAUAUUCGUUGGAAGUUGUUGAAAGAAUUGUAAACAGCUGCAUCCAGUGUGGAGUAUUAUUUGAUGGUUUCAAGUACACAACGGGUAAGCGGCGUAUAACAGAUGUACAUUGUGGUUCUCUCACUGAACCGUUUGUCCAUGAUGGCCAUUUACAUCCCCUAUAUUUUGGUGAGAGAUGGGGUUCUAGAUGCCAUGCAUGUAAAGACAUUAUAAAGGGAUAUACCCUGCGUUGUGAUUCCUGUGACUUCCUUUUAUGUUUUUAUUGUGCUUGUUUGCCUUUAAAGAUAUGGCAUAUGAAUGAUGAUCACCCAGUCACUUUACAUUGCGGUGUAAAGGAGGAGAGCAUAAAAAGUUGGUGCGACAUUUGUGAGAGGAAGUUAGAUCAAAGCAAAUGGUUCUAUACACGUUCUGAUUGCAAAAUCACAUUUCAUACACGGUGCGUACUAGGAGAUUUCUCACGUCUCAAGCCAGGAAAACUAAUUAUUUAUAGAAAAAUAUUAGAGGUGGUUCGUAAUAAUAAGAGCACUCGGCCGUUAUGCAGCCAGUGUGGCUCUCGGUGCAAGUUCUUAGUCGUCCUAAAGGCUUGUGAUGGUGAUAAUGGAUACAUUUGCUCCCGGUCAUGUUUAUCCAGCUAUGUGGGGUCUUUUCAAAUCUUACGAUGAGUGCUAUUUCAAAACGCUUUCCAGAAUUUAUUUUCAAGGACCGAAGUGCAAAAGAGACUCGUUAUGUUUUCUAGUGUAAGAUGCUUCUUAUUAUACUCAUAUAUAUACAAGGUCUUACGAAAGUGGACAAUAAAAUCUACUGUUAUAUGAUAGCAUAUGAUUGAUAAAGUUCCAAUCAAAGCAAAUACAUGAAUAUAGUACUGUUUGUUUAUUCAGGCAAAUUCAAUCUGCGCUUUAUUGCUUUGGUAAAAGAAUUUUAAAAAAACUAAUUUCUCCAUUCUUACCAGCUAUGCAUAUCUAUAUUCUUACCUAGUGACGAUGAUCAAUAGUGUGGUCUUUUGUUUCUGCCAAAGGUCAGAGAUCCAAGGAGCGUGAACUUGAUAGAGAUGGAUCUUGAUGUCUUGAAAAGCCCGGUCAACUAAAACAAACUCUCUCUCUCUCUCUCUCAUUGAAUAAGCUUCUUUGGCUCUUCUUAAAUGGUGUUUUAUUUCCUCUAUACAGUUUCUUUGUGACUGUGAUAAGUAAACCUAACACCCCCUUCACUCUAUCCAUCUGGUCUCUCUUAUGUGUCUUUGGUACCAUACAGUGUUUCAUCUUAUAUUGACAAAUUGUCCCAAGGGUUUGUGCUGUGCUUGCAACCUCUGUGUAAAGAUGGUUCCUUUAGGCGUUUGUUCUCCUGUUUUGCUCUUUGCAUGCAUCAGUCAUAUACUUGUAUAGAUUUAGAUUACAUCAUCAGGCUUGAGUCCUCUAUCAUGCAUCUCCUUUACAAGUCCAAGAAACAUCUUUCGAUCUUUGUGCUUUAAACCUCCAUCUAUAGAAACACCAUAGCACACAAGGUCUAAAUCCACCCCGCUUUGUACCAUCUCCUGACAAACGCUUAACUCUGUGUGAUUUGCCGCAUAUGAUCUUCCCUUCAUGGUUGAAUUUUGUCUAGGAUGAUCUCUUUUCAUGAGUGGAGAAAAUCGAUUUAUUCGCCAUUGUGUACGUGUGGGCCGGUGUGUUUAACCUGUUGAGGUUAGGUUUGUGUUUUGAUACCUUAAAAGAUGUUUCUGUCAAAGUUGUGGGAGUCUCCUUUAUCACAAACCUCCGUGCCCACUUCCAUAACAUAAUUAAUGUCUGUUAAACUCAAGAGCUGCGAAAGGGAAGCCAUUUUUAAUGAAAUGCUUAAGUAUAUACUUUGUAUGGUGUCCUCUCAUCUAGACACCAUCUCCAUACCAAGCUUAGCUACUGGGGUGUGUCCAUGCCAGCGAACGAUUAGGCAAACUAUGUUGUGUGCAACAAUUUUUUUAUUCAAGAGUCGUUUUCUCCUACUUACAAACGUUUUCUGUGCUUGUCCAUUUUAUUCUCUUCAAAGUAAUACCCUCAAGUAAAUUGUUCAUAGGGUAAACUCA